AUGCUAAAACUUUUUCUUUUUCUUUGGAAAUAUGUGAAUCACUGGUAUUCAUCUCCAUUCUACAAACCACAGGGAUUUUUUGAUCUGGAUAAUAGUAAUCAGGAGCUUAGGACCGAACUGAAAGAUCUUUUCAUCAACUCUGCCAUGUUAGUCCAUACUAUUUCUUGUUGUGCGUAUCUAUAUAUAUGAAUAUUUGUAUAUUUUUUUCAUAAAAAUGGUAACAAAGUUAUCCGUGCUGCGGUCAAAUUGAUGUUGCUGGGAACAAGAAGGCUGUAGUGAUUCAUGUUCCUUACAGACUCAGGAAAGCUCUUCGGAAGAUUCAGAUUAUACUUGUCAGAGAACUAGGGAAGAAGUUCAGUGGAAAGGUGUGAACGAUUUCUAAUAUUUUCUGCUCAUACAUUUCUAACCUGAAAUCUAGCUUCUCGGUGAAUAUAUGACUGCUUUAAUAGCCUCUUCGUGAGGAAUCAACCUUUCUUUCUCUCCCCUCUCUUCCUUUGGGAUUUGAUAACUUUCUAUCAAUCCAAUGCUUGCUUCUGUUUAAUGGAGCAAUAUUUUCAAAGAAUUCAUGGUCAGAUCUCCAUCACAUGUGGCCCUUCUCAACUGCUCAUCUGAGACAAAACUUCCUGGGGAGUCAUGUUUUCAUGUUGCUUUGGAGAAGAGAAAGGUGUACCAUUAAACCUUAUCGAUGAAGUUCUUGCUUGCUUCUGUAUGUCAGGACGUCGUCUUUACUGCAUCAAGAAGGAUACUGAGACCGCCCAAGAAAGGGUCAGCUGUUGUGCGCCCUAGAAAUCGGACACUCACUGCCGUCGAUGAGUCCAUGUUGGAGGACAUCGUUUUUCCUGCGGAGAUUGUUGGAAAGAGGGUGAGGUACCCACCUUGACGGUUCGAAGAUCAUCAAGGUAUGGUUAAGAUGAUGGCAUUGACAUUUAGACGGCAAUCAUGCCUUGCCAUGUACUUGCUAACUGGGAACUUGGUAGAUACAGACUUCUGUCAUUUCUAGACGAUGCUGCAGACUGCCCAUGCAGGUUACGAUUAGGCAGAAGUUUUGAUGCCUUGUGUUCAUUUCUGAAGGAUAUUGAGCUGUUUUGCCUAAAGUGACUCUAUGCUUUUUUUUAAAAGCAAUUAUUAGUCAGAAAACUUACGUAGGACACCAUUUCUCUCUCUCUCUCUCUUUCUCUCUCGUACAUAUUAUUCAUUUGGGUAUCUUAUAUGGUUUGGUCAUCUCAGAUUCUUCUGGACCCGAAAGAGAGGAACAGCACCGAGAGCAAGCUCUGCACCUUCGCUGGUAUUUACCGCAAGUUGUCGGGCAAGGACGUCGUCUUCGAGUACCUGGUGGCUGAGGCAUGA